AUGUUGCCAGUUGAUGGGGAAGAAAGGAAGUCAGAGGGCUUAGACAUUGAGGGGGACAGAACAUCUCCAUGUGCACUAUCAUCUGCUACCCUGAAGGAUCUGGAGGUAAGUGACUCUGGGCGGAGGUGCAGUGACCCUGCAGGCCAGCCCUCCAGCCUCCUCCCUCUGCCAGCUGAGACAGCCCACACACACCCCAGCCCUAAUGUGUUCUAUCUCUCCCCCCACUCCUCCUCCACCUCCUCCUCACUGCAUGUACCUCAGAGCCUGUGCCAAGAACUAGCAGUAGUCCUGGGCUCGAGGUCCGUAAAAAUCAGUUAACUGAAUAACACCAUCAAAUCUUUGAAACAACAGAAGAAACAAGUGGAACAUCAGCUGGAAGUAGAAAAGAAAGCAAACAAUGAGAACAAAGCUGAACGGGAGCUAGAGGUUCAAAUCCAGAGAUUGAACACACAGAAAGGGAAACUAAAUACAGACCUGUAUCACAUGAAACGUUCUCUCAGAUACGAUGAAGAUGAAUCCAAGGAUGUGGCCGGCUGCCUGCAACAUUCAUUGCAGCGUAUAGCAGAGUUAGAGCAGGCUCUCUGUGUCACCACCACACAGGAGAAGAAGGAGAUCAGUUUCUCGAGCCUCAGUAAAGCACUUAUUGAGUGGCAGUUAGAGCAGUCCAUACAGGAGAAGGCACGGUUGAAAGCACACCUGACAUGGUUGAAGGAGUCGCUUAAACAAGUCCAGCUAGAGAGAGAUGAAUAUGCUCAACAUAUAAAAGGAGAGCAGUGGCAGCAGAGGAUGAGGAAAAUGUCGCAGGAGGUUUGCACAUUGAAGAAGGAGAAGAAGCAUGAUACAUGUCCGGUAGAGAAGCGGGAGAGGAGCUUGUCCAAACUCAAAAACCAGAGGGCUGAACCCCUGCUCCCAGAUCCCCCAGCAGUGCCCUCCGAGGUGGAGCUGCAGAACCUCAGGAAGCAACUGGAGAGAAUGGCAGGAGAACUCCAAGCCCAGAUGGAAAACAAUCAGCGCAUAAGUGUCCUGAACUGGGGGCAAAAAGAGAGGCUUCAGGAGCAAGAGAAGAGGCUUCAGCAGCUAGCCGAGCCACAGAGUGGCUUCGAGGAGCUGAACAAUGAGAACAAGAGCACACUGCAGUUGGAGCACCAGGUAAAGGAGCUGCAGGAGAAGCUGGGUGAGGUGAAGGAAACGGUAACCUCUGCCCCAUCCAAGAAGGGCCGGGAACAGGAGCCAGAAGCAGUGAUCCCAGCCCCCGUGACUGGUGGCGAGUCUAGCGGCUUUAUGGACCUCCUGGAGGAGAAGACGUACCUGAGUGAGUUGGGGGAGAAACAAGAACUUCGAUUCAUACAGUACUGGAAAGACAGACACCAUCAGAAAGUUCAUCACCUUAUAAUAGAGCCAGGGGGUAGUGCCAAAGAUGCGGCACCGGGAGGAGGACUUCAUCAGGCUGGCCCAGGACAGCAAGGAGAUGAAGGUGAAGCUGCUGGAGCUGCAGGAGAUGAUGCUGUGGCUUGUGGUGACUACAACAAGGAGCACAGCAAAUUCCUGGCCGCUGCCCAGAACCCUGCUGAUGAGCCCAGUCCAGGAGCCCCAGCGCCCCAGGAGCUUGGGGCUGCCAACAAGCAUGGUGAUCUUUGUGAGGUGAGCCUCACCGACAGCGUGGAGCCUGCGCAAGGAGAGGCCAGGGACGGUUCUCCCCAUGACAACCCUACUUCACAGCUAAUUGUGUAGGACCACCAGGAGCACCCAGGCUUGGGCAUCAACCCCUGUGUGCCAUUCUUUUGCUGGAUUUGCCUGCCGAGAAGAAGGAGAUAA